AUGGAUACUUGUACACUCUUCUCUCUCGGAUUUCUCUGGCUCUCCGCUGUACCCGUGUCAGCGGCUGUGCCCCACCCUUGUAACCGGGAAUGUGUUAAAGGCGAGAAACCAAGGACGUGUGAAUACAACUUUACCGUGGAGUGGUACCUCACACUCUCAAAGGCAUGUCACGCUUGUCCGUUUAACGUGACCGACUGCUCACGGCCGCACUGUGUCGCUGCAGAUGGACUCAUGCGGCCACUGAUCGCCGUCAACCGACAGAUGCCAGGUCCGGCCAUAGAGGUUUGUGAGAAUGAUCGCGUGGUUGUCUGGGUUACCAACCACCUGGAUGAUGGGGAGACAACUAGCAUACACUGGCACGGCAUCCACCAGGUGGGGACACCAUACUCGGACGGAGUUGGCCACCUCACACAGUGUCCUAUCGGACUGAAGGAAAAAUUCAAGUAUGACUUCACGGCAUCUCCAGCCGGGACCCACUGGUACCACUCUCACACGGGUAUACAGUUGGGAGACGGUCUUAAUGGAGCCUUUGUGGUCCGCCAGCCUCAAGACAUUGACCCAAACGGAGCUCUGUACGACCAUGACCUUUCUGAACACGUCAUCAUGGUCAACGAUUGGUCGACCACGUUCCAGACUAUGAUGUCCCAGUACCUGUUCCUUAUGCACGACCUCUACGAUGCCAAGGUCAUUUCCGGUCUAAUUAACGGAAAGAGACGAUAUUUCAACGUAUCGACGAGAAACAUCAUAGAAAGCAACCUAACGCAUGCGCGGUCACCUCUGGAGAUCUUUAAAGUGGAGAAAGGCCAACGUUAUCGUCUUCGGUUCAUAGGCGCCAUGGGAAACUGUCCGUUCAUGAUUUCAUUCGAGAAACACAGACUGAUAGUCAUAGGCUCUGACGGUUCUCCAGUGAAGCCAAGAGUUCUGGAUUCGUUUAUCAUGCAUCCGGGUGAACGCUAUGACUUCGUCCUGAAUGCUGACCAGUCUGUAGGUAAUUACUGGUUGAAGUUGGUGGGUCUCGGUGAUUGUCGUCGAGACCGUCUGACUGUGAACGCCAUACUCCGCUAUAAGGGAGCCCCGGAUGAGGAUCCCUCGGGGGAUCCAGACUACGUCCACGAAUCUGGUAUUAUGCUCAACCCUUUAAUAAUGGACUGGAAGCCAUCAACGGAAAGCGGAGUGUAUGGUUACAACCACACAUGGAUAAAUGUUCAUGAUUUAAGGCAUGCCGGGCAAACCAACAACUACACAGACGAGAAUGUGGAUUUCAAGUUAUAUUUAGGUAUGGAUUACAACAACAACGACAACACCAUCUUCAAUAACAAGGAACUCUAUCCAGUUCCUUCGUUUCCCAGCAGGAAGGCUCACUUCACACCGACGAUGGACAAUGUAUCCGAGACUCGAGCUACUGUACAUAGUAUGGAUUACAACAACAACGACAACACCAUCUUCAAUAACAAGGAACUCUAUCCAGUUCCUUCGUUUCCCAGCAGGAAGGCGCAUUUCACACCCACGAUGGACAAUGUAUCCGAGACUCGAGCUACUCCGGUCUACGAUCACCAACUCCAACACGUCUUACUGAUCACUGCCUCUGUAGUAGAACUGAUCUUGUUCAACAUUGGAAAAUACUUCAAGGGCUCGGGCCACCCAAUGCACGUCCAUGGCUACAACUAUAGGGUUCUCGACAACGCAAAGGUUAGUACAAUUCUUCAUCGAGAUGUUGUGACAAAGAUGGAUGACGAAGGAAAACUACAUCGUAACUUGAUCGACCCUCCUAUUAAAGACACCCUUCUCAUUACGGACGGUGGAUACGCAAUCAUUAGGUUCAAGGCUGAUAAUCCAGGGUUGUGGUUUUUUCAUUGCCACACUGACAGUCAUCUGCUGCAGGGCAAAGCCUUGGUGAUCAAGGUGGGGGACUACUCGGACUUCCCUCCAGUACCGGACCCGUUUCCACGGUGUGGAGGUUAUGGCUUCAGCAACGCCAGGAAAAGACGUGAUCCCCAGAAACCUACGAACGGAAUUCAGCCCACGUCUGCUCCUGGAACAAUGUUAACAAUAACAGUUCUCUCCCUUUGUUUGCUUCUUAUUUGUUGA